AUGGCGUCGAAUAUGGAAGGUAAAUGAGUUUCUUCUAAGCAUUUACGAAUCGUUUAGAACUGGUGCUGACCUUACUCGACAGUGUUUUGAAGACAACCAAUGAGGAAACAAAGGAAGCUCUGGCCGAAUCGUUAUUCCAAUUCGGUGUUAAGAGACCUGCUCUCUUUCUACAAGCCGCUCAUGCUUAUCUUGUGCAACAUAACAAGGUGAGACCUUAAUUUAGAGCUAUUCUUGUUUUAGUUAUCCGAUAAUCACAGAGAAUUCGUCCUCAAAAGCAUUUCCAAAGUAAUCCAACGACGGGGUGCAGCAGAACAAUUGGAUCAACAGCAAGUAUUGCUGGUCAUAAAUCUGGCCACACAAGAGAUGACAAUGGCCAAGGAUACGGAUGACGAAUGGGCCAAGGCGGCCAGAGAUGUGUUGGUUACUUUGGCCAAGCACGACAGGUUUGUGGGUCAUGUUAUGGACGCAUUGUUGCUCAAAUUCCCUCCUGGCUUGAGCGUUGCUCCCCAUAAAUACAUUACGCUGACAUUGGCGGCCGUUGCGCAACAUAACCGUAAGUGUUUUAAAAAUAUUUACUAUUAUUUUUAUGAAAAAAUUUAAGUAAAACCUCAAAAAAUAUGUUUUAGCAUUUGGAUUCGUUCCUUUUUUAACCGAUGUCCUCUCAAGAACAGUCCCUUUAUUGUCCCAUCUGAAACAAGAUCCUUUGAAAAGUGCCUGGUCUAAGGCCCUGACUGCUUUCUGUGAAUCCCUAAUCGAAUUUUCAUCCUCGAAUGAACCGGAGCUGGAGAAUCCCCAUGCUGUAAUUGACAAUGUUGAAUAUAUUCCCCAUCCCAUUGUUACUCAAGACCUGCAGCAAAAUUACUCCGAUCAGUUGGAAGCAGCUUAUGAUGUAAUAAUCCAUUGGGUCAGUAGCAAGGAUCCUAAAGUAAGGUCAGAUUCAUUUGAAGACUUGUUUCUUUAGUGCCGGGCACACUCCGCGGAAUGUGUCGGGAUCCUAUCAUUGUUCGUCAGCCGAGAACGUCUCAGCAAGGAUCUCAAGAAGAUCAUUACGUCAUUCCUCAGCUUGUAUAAGAAAGCACUGUCGCCAAAUGAACAAUACCACAUAACAAAGGUAAGUUUUAAUAGGUUUAAUUUUUAUUUUAGGGUAUUGGAUAUUUCCUGGAGUCAUGCUGCAUGGACAAUGUGGUCCCACUCGAUUAUUAUCUCGAUGAUAUCUUCAACAGUCUAUUUCCGAAUGUUUGCGUUGUCACUGAACAGUGUAAGUGAUGAAGAGCCCAAAUGUAAAGGUUCUUUUAGGCUUUUCUGCCGAUGAAACACAAGACAAGGUCCUAAACUCGGCUGCGAUCAAGGUCCGGAACGAAGCCUUCAGAUGUUUCCAUGUGGCCUCAAGCAGAUUCGCAGAUAAACAAGUCUAUUACCUGAUCCAUAAGAUCCAAAGUGAAAAGGAUUCUGUAAAAUUGGGCGCCACCAACUUUAUGAGACAUCUCCUGAACUCGGCUGGAAGUCAAAUGGAGGAUAAGAAGUCUUUGAUUACCAUGGGAAUCAAGCCUUUAUUAGUGGACACUCAGUUGGCGGUCAUGGUGAAGAUGGGAGUCUGCCAAUUGUGUGUAGCUCUGGCUGAUCAUGGAUACGUUGAACCGGACAAUGGAGGGCUUCAUGUUGUCCAAUUCUUGGUCAGAAAUCUAGUAAUCAAUGAUGAAAAUGGAGCCACGACAGCAUCAUCACAAAACAUUAAAACGAUGAGAUUAAGCCCAGAGCAGAACGCCCUCUUACAGUUACAACAACAGUGCGCUCAGGCUCUACAUACUAUCGCCAAGACUUGUGAUUCCUCUGAGUUGUUACUCUGGCCAUAUCUGUUUGAGUUUGUUUGCAAUGAGACUUACAGUCCCGCCUUAGGGGAUAUUUUCAAAUGUAUCAGAAUUCUGGUGGCUAAGAAGAAGGAAAAGGAACAGACUCUUGACUUUUCAAAGGACAUCGAGGCUAAUGGUUGGUUAUCAGUUGAGAUGAUAAUGUUGUUUAGCGAAAUUAGCCGGGCCGGUCCAGACAUUCGCUCGAUUGAUUGUCUGUUUGAACAAAGGAUUUGUGAAUGGCCAAAUCCAGAAGAGAUCUAAGGAAGCCCUGAGGCUAUUAAUAGAUCUCUCCGAAUGGUUUAAUCCUCAUCUGGCCAAGCAGUUACCAGAGAAAGCGGGCGAACUUUUGAAAGAUCUUGAAAGUAAGCAUUGAUGCCGGCGCAAUAUUUAUAAUAUUUAAUUUUCAAUUGUUUUAUUGCGGUAUUUUUAGGUUUAUCGGGCUCAUUUGACCUCUCUUCACCAUCAAAGACGUUCAUUCAUAGUUUGGAUAUUCAAUGUCUGAACAGUGGACAAUCGAGACAAAAGAAAUGGCAGCAAUUGACUUUGAACAUGCUUUCUUCUUGUAUUCAUUUGGUCUCGGAUGGAGAUUGGAGACAGCAGCUGGCUGCCGCCCUUGGACAACAACUCAGAUUAUACACCAAUUAUCCAUCAGAUAAGGGAUUCGCCAUGAAAUUACUGGGAUCCGCACUUUCUCGGGUAGCCAACACGGCCUUUGUCACAGAACAUAUUGGAUUAAUGUUCAGAUCAGCCAACCUAGGGAAUGCUAUGGAACGAGAAGGCUGUGCUUUGUCCAUGGGACUUUGCGCUCAAGUCCACACAGAUCUGGUACUCACUGAGUUGGAAAACAUUGCCAAAUGGGAACAUACUCGGAAAGGGGCGGGGUUGUUUUCGUUUUUAAAGGAUGCCAUGCCUUACGGAAAAGGAACUGAUGCCGAUAUUGUACAUCUGAGAGCAACUGUCAUCUUGAGCUAUGGAUACGUGACCUUAUACUGUCCUGAUGAUUUGUUGGUGCAAAGGUUGGAAUCUACAACAUUACCGUUUCUGAGACAGUAUCUUGCGGGAUUUAAGGUGAGAAAAUUAAAACUGUUUGAAAUUAAUGUUAAGCCCGACACACCAAUAAAAGAAUCGCACCUCGAAGCAAUCAAUCUCAUCGGGAUGGCUGUCCAUCCGUCCAAUCUAAGCGCGGAAUAUCAAUUUGACUCGAGAUACGAGUGCUUUACAUAUAUCAAGGCAAGAGAUUGUCAUCUUUUUUGUCAUGAGUUAUUUUUAGCAAUACGUGAAGUCCGAGUCCAAGGAAUCCCUUUCAAACAGUGUUCUCUUACACGCCGCAAAAGCGACAGCAACACUAUGGUAAGUUCUGUUAAUAUUAGGAUGAUUUAAUUGAAUGUUUAGUGCAUUGGAACCCCCAAUAAGUGACAACGAACUCUGGGAUCUUGGGAAUAUUUUGACGCAAUGGAUCUUCCCAAUAAGUCGAGAGAAGAGCGGACUGAAGACGGUAAGUUGAGGAGACUCGGCUUAUUUAUUAAGGCCGACGACGAAGAUACAGCCACGAUGAUGGACUCGACGGUGCAGCAAUACCAGAGUGCCAUCGGAUGUAUUGUUGCUAAGAAACCUGUUGUACAUACAAUCUCUCAACUUUUGAAAGUAGGUCAGGAUUAACCUUUAGACCGCUUCUUGAUUUAGAUUUUCCAACCUUAUUAUUCCUCUCUGGCUGAUCACGAACGUUCCCGAUCAAUAGAAACAACCGUUCUAAUCCUCCAAGUCUACUCGAAUGAUCCGAGAGACUGCACUCUUGGCCAUGCCAACAAUUUUGGUCCUUUGUCCAGCAUUCUUGGAAGACUGGCUCCUCGUCUCGCUGAUUCCGUCGCUUCUGUUCGGCUGGCCUCAGUGAGGGUUGUCUAUUUAGGAUUCCGAUUGUCUCUCCUCCAUUCGGGACAUUCUCCUUUGGAAACGGAAGUCCUUGAUGACGCUCUCUUUGAUUUGGAUUAUUUUAUUGCCAAUCAUUUGAACAAUGAUGGAAAGCAGGAUUCUGCCAAGAUCAGAGAAGCCAUUGCAGCUAUUGGAGAAGAGAUCGAAGCCAGACUACCUCAGAAUCAGCUACAAACAUACCUCUCAGUCCUCUUCAAAAUGUUGUCUGAUCGGCAAAGUAAUGUCAGCACUUCGGCUGCUCAAUUGCUUGGAAUUAUGGUUAAUAACCGAGGCCAUCUUCUAAAUACCGAAGCCGAAUUGUUACUCAAAACGAUUACGGAGCAAUUGGAGCUUGUUCAGUCAUCAGUUCACACUUAUGCCGAUCUUUUGGAGGCUUUCAGAAUAUUCUCAAAUCAUCAACCGAACACUGCCGUUGAGGUUCUUCUAAGACAACCGCUACCGUAUUCAACGUAAGUUUUCUGUAAGCUGUAAUGUAAUUAAUAUUUGCAGACCUUGUAUAGACAUGUGGAAGACAUUGUGCCAUGAACAAAGUCACCUGCUAGUCAUCUUCGAUUACAUUUUGGAAUUAUCUGGAUUUCCGUUUUCGGAGGAUGAAAUAGCCUCAGGCAAUCCACCAGAGUUGUGCAGUAGUGUGGACACUGGUGCAGGCACCACCAUUAAGGUUGUCACUGCUCGGUAUUGCUCUUUGACUGCCGCUUUCAAUGAAUUGAUUCAGGUAAAAUUAAAUAAUUUUGUAAUAAUGUAUUUGUAAUAGCAUGGUGAAUUUGAUGAACAAUUGUUGAGCAGAAUCCCGUUUUGCUUGGCCGUUCUGUUACAUCAUCUUACUGCGGUCAUUGUUGACGUUGUUUAUCCAGCUUCCUCGAUGAAGGAUCCCUCUCAGAAGCCGACUACCGUAAUCACCCCGGAAUUGAGAAGAGUUACAACCGUCCCUGCUAAUAUCGUAGUCCAAGCUUUGAAAUCUCUGUUGAUCAAACUGAAUGCAAUCAAAUCCAUGGACAUUAUGAAUGCCGAGAGAGGAUGGUCUAGCUUGGCCAAUACUCUGCAGUAUCCAUCUGCUGUCGCUAUUUUGUGCAGAGCCUUGGUUAAUGAAAAGCCCGCCUUGAUCUCGAAAUUAAUAUCGAUUAUGACAUCUAGAGUGGACAAGGAGAGACUUGAAAGCGAAAAAGAAGUUGCAGCACUUGUUUUAGGAUCGUUGGUAUCAAGGUAGGUUAAAUUUAUGUAUCUCGUAUUAUACUUGUUUAGAAGCCCUGAUGUCAACGGACAGUUUGAUUUUGAUGUACUCAGAGCGAUGACGUCCGCCUUGGCCACGGCUUUCACGGAUGUAUCAUUGCCUGUCCGAAGAGUGAGUUUUAAAAGUUGAUAUAAGAGUUUGAUAGUUCUCGUUAAGAGGUUUUACUUAUGUGGGGAUCCUCCACGACAUCUGUCAGAAAUCGGCGGAAUCUCAAUGUCUCUUCAAAUCCCUGGCCAAAGAUGCCUUCGAGUUCGCUCAGAUUGGAUUGGAUGCGACUGAUGAUCGGAAUGAUUUAAUUGCUGCAGAAGCGAUGAACACAUUACUCUCUGUGUGCGAUGUUGUAGACAAGGAUCUCCUGGAGACAGCACUGUCAUCAUUACUCUUGAAGUUGAGACCUUGUUUUGAUAAGGUAGGCAUUCGAUUUGUAAAGAAAUAUUUGUAGGAAUCCGUCGAUCUACGAGCCGUUUCCUUCAAAUUAUUCGCCAAGUUGGGUCAGCGACUGGGAAGGCUGGAUCUGUUCAGAGAAAGUCUUCACUCUAAUCUGGUCUCAAUUAUGUUACACUUGAACGAUGACUCAAAUAUAGUCUCGGAGGUAUGUACAAUAAAUUUUUUAAUUUACUUUUAGGCCUGUGCAUAUACCCUAAACACAUUGGCUGAGAUAUUUACAUCUCCUCAGACGAUCACGCUUAUCCAGAACUCGAUCAAGGACUCGGAACCCCCUAGAGAUUACAUAUCGUUCCUACAGGAUUUCAGCACAAUCCUCGCUGUUUGUUUUCCCGAUCGAGUCAACUAUUAUGCAAUGUGUGGGACCAAUUAUUUCAAGAGUCAUUUCCCGAAGAUCCAAUGCAAUGCUGCCAGAAUGGUGGGAUUCCUUCUGAAUGCCCUCUCGGAAGAGCUGAAGGAAACAAUAUCAAAAGAUAUCGUUUUUGGAGGUAAGCCAUGUCGAAUAAGAGUCUAUCUCUACCACAAAUUUUGUUUCUAGCAUACGCCGAACUACUCAAAGAUACAAACAUGAAAGCCCGAGAAUCGGCGGCCGAAGGAAUCGUCUCCUUGACAUCUUUUAAUUAA